CCGAUUGGGGGUAAUAAAAGGCAGGCGGCGAAUCUUGAAUCUUUCUUACAUGUCUAUAUAAAAAAACAACUGGGCCGUUGCUUGUCAUGUUUAUCCUGGCAAUGUUAGGAAAAGAGAGAAAAACAGGAAAAUAGAAGGGAAAAAUAAUAAUGGAUUUGAGCUUGGAUUUGAGUCUGGUUUAUGUUCCGAAAAGUAUAUCUGAGUUUCUGCAGGAAGUUUCGAAGAUCAAAAAUGGGUUUCAGAGAUUAUCAAAGAUCAGUGAUUAUAUCAGAAGAUUGGAAGAUGAGACGAAGAAAAUCGAUGCCUUUAAGCGUGAACUUCCCCUUUGCAUGCUCCUGCUCAAAGACGUGAUUGAGAGAUUAAUGGAGGAAGAAAUACGGUGUAAGGAAAUGAAUGAUGGAUCGGUGUUGCCAUUGAAGGGAAAUACUGAGGAAAAUGGAAAAGAAACUAUGGAAAACGAUGGCGGUGAUAUGAUGAACUGGAUGAGUUCCGUUCAGCUAUGGAACUCUGAUUCCGACAACGUUGAUCCCGACAAGAAACAAAACACCGUUCCUGAACUCAAACCGAGAAGUGGAGACCAAGGAGAAGAUCUGUGUAAGAAAAUCAAGGGAGGGGCUUUUGUGCCAUUUAAGGAACAUGUUGAUAAGAAAAUUCCAGGCCUUUCCCUUAUGACACCAAGCACUAAACUACCUUCCUGUAUCUUGAAGAACAAUGGCGGUUGUGGAAUUGGUUCAGGCUCUUCUUUAUAUGCACAACAGAAUCAAAUCAAGAUUCAGACAAAGUCACAUAACCGACACGAGGAGCAACAACAUCAGCAGCAGAAUUCUAGGAAACAAAGGCGAUGCUGGUCGCCUGAGCUUCAUAGACGAUUUGUUGAGGCACUUCAACAGCUUGGAGGCUCACAAGUGGCCACUCCAAAGCAGAUUAGAGAAUUGAUGCAAGUUGAUGGUCUUACCAAUGAUGAAGUGAAAAGCCAUUUGCAGAAGUUUAGACUUCAUAUCCGAAAAAUUCCGGCUUCUCCACCCGGAAACAAGCUAUGUUCAGUUCAAAACCAGUCCAAUGAGCACAGUAAAGCAAGCAUUUCGCGGUCUGGCUCCCCACAAGGACCCCUCCUUGCUAGUGGUUCAGCUAAGGAUACGUCGAGUACCGUAUGUGAAAGCAUGGGCGCCGAAGAUGAAAAUUCCGACGGACACAGUUGGAGAAGUGGGGCUGAUAAGCCCGGAGAGAUCAGUGUAUAGUCAGAUAAGUUAUUCCCCUAUGAAUUUUGCAGAAACAUGGGGGGAAAGCAUCACGACACCCAGAAUAAUUUAGUAAACAACUAGAGGAAAUUGAAAUCAAUAUUCGGUUUGAGGUACUUGAGGAGAUUUCGAAGAGAUUAUGCAGGUAUCAUAGACCGGUUUAGGUUGUCUCAUCUGUGUUCCUGCUGUGAUAUAUACGAGUCUGUUUAAUUCCCGAUGAUGAAUUGUAGGAACCAAAAUGACAAAGUUCUUUCAUUUAUGUUUUAGACUUGACCCUCUUUUGUUUACAACUGAUUUACUUAUUAUAUAUGAUAUUUGAGGUUUGGUUUGCUCGGUUGCCAUAUUUUUGUG